UAAAGGAAGCAAAAAGAGUUUGAUUUCGUCUUCGAGCUUUGCGAUCAUCAGCUUCUUUCUCGCGACCAAAAUCUUUUUCCGGUGAACUUGAAUCGGAGCCUUGCUUAUUCGAUGGCAUACGUCGACCAUGCGUUCUCGAUAUCUGACGAAGACCUAAUGAUUGGGACUUCGUACACCGUCAGUAAUCGACCACCGGUGAAAGAGAUCUCACUCGCCGUGGCUCUUCUCGUGUUCGGAACCUUAGGGAUUAUUUCUGGUUUUUUCAUGGCGUAUAACCGAGUUGGUGGUGAUCGUGGUCACGGGGUUUUCUUCGUUGUACUCGGAUGUCUUCUGUUUAUCCCGGGGUUUUACUAUACACGGAUUGCAUAUUACGCAUACAAAGGAUAUAAAGGUUUCUCAUUCUCAAACAUACCAUCCGCUUAAAAGCCUUAUGAAUCGGCGUCUCUUCUCUCUUACGCAAUGUAUAGGUUGCUUCCGAAAGGGAAGUUUGUUGUUACAUCGCUUACAACCAGUGACUUAAUUAUCCUCUUUAGUGUGAUUUUACAUGACUUGUUAGACCUACGUUUGAUAUGUAUCUCUUUUGGUUUCUCAUUGUCUAUGUUAGAUUCACUAGUCUUUCAUAAACAUCCUUGUAACGUAUAGACCAAGCUAAUCACAUGUGAUGUAAUUGGUGUGUUUACUGUGUUUA